AAGCGAGCUGAGCUCAACGAAGUCAUUGCUGUAACAUUGUGUGAAGAGACCAGAAGAGGGGAAAUACAAUCUGAGAACUAAACUGCCAAAGCCUAACACCACCUAGCAACAGUUGAAAAAACUUUUAAACAAAAGUCUGGGUGAGACACAGACAGAGUACUCCUACUCCUCCUGCCUGGGAUUUCUGAGAGAAGCAGCUCCGGUCUUCUUCUUUUCCACCUUCUUUUCUUCAUUACUUCAGCGGCUGGUAGACCUAGGAACGUGGGAAAAGUUUCUAUCUUUGUGUUCUCCUGAGCUGGAGCAGUCUACUGCUGUGGUAGUGCUGUGGGACAAGCUACUGCAAUCUCGCAGUGUUAAAGGACAUAUUCCUGGGUUCGUGUUGCUGACAGGGAGCAGCAGGGACCCCAGUCAGCCUCAGGUGGGAGCAGCAGAGCGAUGGCACAGGGGCACCUCUACCCUCGACUCCCUCCUCCCCCCUCCGGACCUAGAUUCUAGCGAAGCCCCUGCCCUGGGAGCAUCCCUCCACACAGGCAGGGAUGAGAUCCCGAAACCAAGGUGGAGAAAGCUCAUCUAACGGGCACUUCUCCAGUUCCAAGCCUGUCAUCAGCCAUGCAGAGAAUGAAAAACUUCAGGAGGAUGCCAAGAAAAAGAACAAACCUCAUCGGAAGGAAGAUGAGGUCAUGGCUUCAGCAACUGUCAAACGGCACUCAAAAUCACCCGGACCUUCUGAACGAAAGAACAAGAAGUCCAUAGAGCUUUCUAAAGAGGACUUGAUAAAACUACUUAGUAUAAUGGAAGGAGAAUUGCAGGCAAGAGAGGAUGUGAUCCACAUGCUGAAGACAGAGAAAACCAAACCUGAAGUUUUAGAAGCUCAUUAUGGGUCUGCAGCUCCAGAGAAUGUGCUCCGAGUGCUACACAGGGAUGCCAUCCUUGCCCAAGAAAAGUCUAUAGGGGAAGAUGUCUAUGAAAAACCAAUUUCAGAGCUAGACAGACUUGAAGAAAAGCAGAAAGAGACGUAUCGGCGCAUGCUGGAACAGCUCCUGUUGGCAGAAAAGUGCCAUCGUCGCACAGUUUAUGAGCUAGAAAAUGAGAAACAUAAACAUACAGAUUACAUGAACAAGAGCGAUGACUUUACUAAUCUCCUGGAACAGGAGCGGGAGAGGUUGAAGAAACUUCUUGAGCAGGAGAAGGUCUAUCAAGCCCGGAAGGAGAAGGAACAUACAAAGAGAAUCAAUAAACUAAGAGAAGAACUAGUCAAGCUCAAAUCAUUUGCACUCAUGCUGGUGGAUGAAAGACAAAUGCAUAUUGAACAACUUGGUCAACAAAGCCAGAAAAUACAGGACUUAACCCAAAAACUAAAAGAAGAAGAAGAAAAGCUUAAAAUUAUUAGUGCAAAAACUAAAGAAGAUGGACAAAAACUGAUGAAGUUAGAGGCAGAACUUGAACACAAAACUUCAUCAUUUUCUCAAGAACAUGAGGAGAUGACUGCUAAACUGGGUAAUCAAGAGUCACAUAAUAGACAGCUAAGGCUUAAGCUAGUGGGGUUGACUCGCAGAAUAGAGGAGCUGGAAGAAACUAACAAAAAUCUUCAAAAAGCUGAGGAGGAACUUCAAGAGCUAAGAGAUAAAAUAGCAAAAGGGGAAUGUGGGAACUCUAGCUUAAUGGCAGAAGUGGAAAACCUCCGCAAGCGUGUGCUUGAAAUGGAGGGCAAAGAUGAAGAGAUCACAAAAACCGAAUCCCAGUGCAAAGAGCUGAAAAAUAAACUGCAAGAGGAGGAGCACCAUAGCAAAGAGUUGAAACUUGAAGUGGAAAAACUGCAGAAAAGAAUGUCAGAACUAGAGAAGCUGGAAGAGGCUUUCAGUAAAAGUAAGUCUGAAUGCACUCAGCUACACUUAAACUUGGAGAAAGAAAAGAAUUUGACUAAGGACUUGAUAAAUGAGUUGGAAGUGGUAAAGACUCGAGUGAAGGACCUUGAGACAUCAGAAAGCAAGUUGGAAAAGGCUGAAAUAAGCUUAAAAGAUGACCUUACAAAGCUGAAGUCGUUUACUGUAAUGUUGGUUGAUGAACGAAAAAAUAUGAUGGAAAAAAUAAAACAAGAGGAAAAAAAGGUUGAGGGUCUAAACAAGAAUUUUAAAGUUGAACAAGGGAAAGUUAUGGAUGUAACAGAGAAAUUGAUAGAAGAAAGUAAGAAAUUUUUGAAACUGAAAUCCGAAAUGGAGGAAAAAGUGUCUAGUUUGACAAAGGAAAGAGAUGAGUUAAUUGGCAAACUGAGAAGUGAAGAAGAAAAAUCCUCUCAACUAAGCUGUAGAGUUGACUUGUUAAAGAAAAGAAUUGAUGGUGUAGAGGAAGUAGAAAGAGAAAUUACAAGAGGUCGAACCAGGAAAGGACCAGAGCAUGGCUGUCAUGAGGACAACAAGAUUAAGGAACUCACUGUUGAAAUUGAAAGACUGAAAAAACGCCUCAAACAAUUGGAAGUGGUUGAAGGAGAUUUAAUGAAGACAGAAGAUGAAUAUGAUCAGCUAGAGCAGAAAUUUAGGACUGAGCAGGAUAAAGCUAACUUUCUUUCUCAACAGUUGGAGGAAAUGAAACUCCAGAUUGCCAAAACCAAAGCAAUAGAAAAAGGUGAAGUGGUGAGCCAGGAGGCAGAACUGAGGCACAGGUUUCGUCUGGAAGAGGCCAAAAGCAGAGAUUUGAAAGCAGAAGUUCAAGCUCUUAAGGAAAAAAUCCAUGAGCUGAUGAACAAAGAAGACCAGCUUUCUCAGCUCCAAGUUGAUUAUUCAGUUCUGCAGCAAAGGUUUAUGGAAGAAGAAAACAAAAACAAGAGUAUGGGGCAGGAAGUUCUGAACCUAACAAGAGAGCUGGAGCUUUCUAAGCGUUACAGCCGUGCUCUGAGGCCCAGCAUAAAUGGACGAAGAAUGGUCGAUGUCCCUGUGACAUCCACUGGUGUGCAGACAGAUGCCGUAAGCAAUGAAGCAGCAGAAGAAGAAACUCCUGCAGUGUUUAUAAGGAAAUCCUUCCAGGAGGAGAAUCAUAUCAUGAGCAAUCUGCGACAGGUAGGUCUGAAAAAACCCAUGGAGCGUUCUUCAGUGCUCGAGAGAUAUCCUCCAGCAGCAAAUGAGCUUGCUAUGAGGAAAUCUUGGAUACCGUGGAUGAAAAAGAGGGAAACUGGGGCUCAGGCAACUCCUGAUAAAGGAGCCCGGACCCACAGUAGUCCAGCACAUCCUGGAGAGGUUGUCCUUUCACCAAAACAGGGUCAGCCUCUUCAUAUUCGGGUGACAACAGACCAUGAGAACAGCACAGCAACUUUGGAGAUAACCAGUCCAACUGCAGAGGAAUUUUUUUCAAGUACCACUGUCAUUCCUACUUUGGGAAAUCAGAAGCCACGAAUAACCAUCAUUCCCUCUCCAAACGUUAUGCCACAAAAAGGAAAAGGCAGUGAAAGUCCAAUGGGCCCAGAUCGUUCUAUGUCUCCAGUCACUAUAACAACGUUCUCCAGGGAAAAGUCCCCAGAGGGAGGGAGAGCACCCUUUGCCGACAGACCUGCAUCGCCAAUUCAGAUUAUGACAGUAUCAACAUCUGCAGCACCAGCAGAAAUCUCUGUCUCUCCACAGUCACAAGAUAUGACCAUGGGAAGAGCUGUCUUCAAAGUAACACCAGAAAAGCAAACCGUCCCGACUCCAAUCCGCAAGUACAAUGCCAAUGCCAACAUUAUUACGACAGAAGACAACAAAAUCCACAUCCACCUAGGUUCCCAGUUUAAACGUUCUCCCAGUGCUGUACCUGAUGGUGCAAGUCCUGUGAUAACAGUGAGACCAGUGAACAUAGCAGCAGAGAAAGAAGUUGUGACUGGUACUGUCCUUCGAUCACCUCGAAACAACCUGUCCUCGCGGCCCGCAGCGAGCAAGGUGACAAGUACCAUCACUAUAACACCUGUUACAACGUCUUCCACCCGAGGAACACAAUCAGUGACAGGCCAGGAUGGGUCAUCCUCGAGACCUACACCCACCCGCAUUCCUGUGUCAAAAGGUAUGAAAGCAGGAAAGCCAGUAGUGGCAGCCCCGGGAGCAGGAAAUGUGACAAAAUUCGAGCCUCGUGCCGAGACUCAGUCUAUGAAAAUAGAACUGAAGAAAUCUUCAGCCAGCAGCUCUGCCUCCCUGGGCGGGGGUCAGGGCUGAUGGCAGUGGCUCAGGGGAAGAAAGUCUCAACCAAAAGAAAUGGAGCCAAGCAGACCAAUAAGUGAUGGGUUUAAAGUUUGUAUAAUGCUUCAACCAUCUCAGCAAGCUGUGAAGGACCCAGUGGUUGAAACAGCUUUCAGAAAGCAAGGCGGGAAGACCACCCAUAAAUAAUAAAUACAAUUCACAGAAAGGAAAAUGCACCCGUGGGUGAAAUAUGAAAUGGCUUUCUGUCUAGGAGAAGAGAUUUGAUGGAAGAAUCUGUCACAGAAGGUCAACAAAAUUAUAUUCAUCCAAGCAGUGUUUAGUUUUCAGUCUGUGAUUUGCAUUGCUCUCCACUUUAAGAUCCAGAUAUAGCAAUUAGCUGACCAUAAAACUGGUAUUUUAUUAUUCGCAUGAAGGGCAUUUUUUAAUUUGCCACAUCAAAAAAGAAGUAGGUUUUGGGUUUUUUACAUAUGUAGCACCUACAGUACCUGUUAAUUCUACGGUUCUGGUUCCUAUGGCAUCCAAAAAUCAGAUUAAUAUUUGUAUCAUUUUUCCUAACACCCUAUUCAGUAUUUCAGAUAAAACUUGGAAACUGGAGUUAUCAAGCAAUGUGAGUUACUGUUUCAGAAAUACAUCAGAUGCUCUCAAGUAAUUCUUAUCACUUGAAAGCCUCAGUAUGUCAAUAAAUUGUUGCUGAGAUCUUACUGUUCUUGUUGUAACACGGAUUUUUUAACAGAUGUUUGAAGAAAACACAUUUUUAAGAGCUUUUUGCUGGAUAUUCACUCUAAAUACUGGCACUGAAGCAAGUCUUAAGGUCAAAACAGUCAUUUAAAUAAUAUUGUGAACAUGAGCCCUGAGCUAAUGUGGCUUGAUACAGUGAUGAACUACAGCUGCCUUUUAAGCCUUCCUUAUGUCAAAGAAACUUAGUUCCUUAGUUAACUGUUGCUGCACUCAAGGCAAUGUUCUGUGCGUGCCUGUGGUUGAAAAUUUUUUUUUUGUUUGAGGUCUAAGAAACUAAUUCACCUGCAGAAACAAGCCAGCCACACAGUACCUGAAGUCCAGGGCACACAAACUGGUUCAGCUAGAGCCAGAACUGCAGGCACAAUCUGGGGAUUGCUCCUAUGGCGUCAGUAGGAUUUGAUGAGACAGAUUUGAGAAAUUCCAGACAGGUCAGACUGAGGAUCCUGUUAUUUUUCCCAGGGGGAGCACAACAAAAAGGAACGUUUGCUCCACAGCAGAAACCUAAAGAGUUGGAAUCAGGCAGCUGGUUUAACUGUUAGCUAAAAAUAGAUAUUUAGUUAUAAAUUUUAACAUCUGUUUUAAUUGAACUUAUCCUUGUUUCUUAAAGGUAGAAGAAGGUUAAGAUGAAGAAAAAAGAAAGCCUAUAGUUCAGAAGUCUUAAAAUUUGAAGUGUCACUCUGUAUUAUAUUGGAAUUUCCUCUAAGUCUGAAGGCAAUUAUGUUUAGUGACUACAGUAAGAUUCUCCAUUCAGUAGGUCAGGUCCAGAAGGCACUUUAAACAACCAAGUCUAAAGACAGUGUCUAAGCCCCAGAGGCAUCCUGAAGAUCUUCCUGAUGUUCUUCCACUGCCUUUGUCUAGUCAGGGUUUCUGUUGUGAGUUAACUCUAGCACUGCGGCCUCUGAACCUCACCAAGAUCCAUAAUCCAGGUAUUCCUGUAUUUCUUCUAAGAGCUUCUAAGUCAAGCCACAAUUUCAUGGUCACUUAAAGUCAGGAUGUAAUCCCACACUGGAGCGAAAAGCUGUAGUCCUGUCUUUGUCAACUCCAGCCAAGAAAGUGCUCACUUAGUCACUCAACAUGUGGUUGUCCCUUGAGCUGGCACAAGUGUUUGAACCUAACUGGGGAACUGAUCUGAAUUAAAAGGAAUCUGGCAAAACAAAGAAAGGCUAGCUUCAAUAUAGCUUAGUUCCAGGCUCUCAGGCCAGAAAAAGAAGGAAGGCACAGGAAACCAGGGGCUGUUUUAAAGUGACUGGAAUCAUGAAGGCUUCCUAGUAGAUAAAUACCACGGAAAUGGAGGGGUAGUACUGCUUAUUUUAAAAAGUUUUUGAUUGAAACCUUUUUUCAAAUGUAGGAGACAGAUCCCCCUUCCCAGCAAUACCUGAGGAGACUCAAACUCACAUCAGCUGCAGGCAGGUUCACCAAUGGCACUGACAGACUGAGGGGGGAAAGAAGGUGGCAUUCUUAUUCCCUCCUUUGAAGGCUGUGCUGUUCUGCAUGAAGUGCUUCAGUAUUCACUGAGCAGAAACAAGUGAGUGGUUGAGUGGUCAGGAUAUUGAACUAGGAGGAGGGAGCCCCCCUGUUUUCAUGUCCCUGUUCCAAAGGCUGCCUUUGAGCCCAGCCUUUUGUGAAAAAAAAGCUUAUAAGAUGAAGUGUCUGUGUUCGUCCAUCGUUCCAUCUGUCCUUCCCUGAUGAAUAACACUGAACAGAUCAACCAGUUUCAACCAAACCUAACAAAGCAAUAGGGGUCUUCAGAAUAAGAAGUUUUUCCAGUUUAAUGAAAAGGGUGGCAGAGAAGAGGAGCAAGAUCUUAGCAGUACCCCACUGCGUGGAAGAGUAGAGCAUGAGCUCACCUUCAUACAGCAUCAAAGAAUGAACACAAGAGAGUGAUGUCAGAAGUACCACAAGGACAAGCUUUGUUCAAACCUCAGAUUUGACAAGGCAACAAAGAAUCCAACUCUGAUACACUAAUCCAUAGGAAAAUACUAGGGCCUUUAUUUACAGGGCUUUUUUGUAUUCUACGUUAGUGGAUUAUAAUGCGGAAAACAAGCUUUCCUAACGGAUCAUCUGGAAUCACUCAUCCUCAUACUUUAUCUCUCUUACCUUUUUCUCUGUCAUUUUGAUUGGUUUUUAUUUUUUUAAUGAAGUGGAACAAUUUCAAUAGCAAAACACACUCAACUCAGAGUCAUAAUGAUAGUUAAAAUGGUUCGUCAGGAAACUAAGGUGGCUGAGAACCAAUCUUUGCAUUUUUAGUUGUUUUCAACAUCAGCUGGAGAGAUAUCCUGUUUUGGCUGAUGGCAUGGCCAUAUAAGCAGUUGUGAUAAGCCAAGCAAUGGGAACAUAGGACAGCAGUAAGGUGGAGAGGGGGAAGAGCAGGGAAAAUGCCAACUCAUUCAUGAGCAGCACACAUGGACCGAGAAGGUGCACCCUCAGUUCUCCAAGUGAUCUCUCUGAUUUUAAAUUUAGUUCAUAAUAAGUGUUCUACUGUGUUUCCUACGUUGGAUCCCAUCACCAGAAUUACUGCUACAUGUGAGUAUUGCUAAUGUAGUCAUUAGCAGAUCAAUACAUUUGAGAAAGUGUGACUAAAAAUGAAGGAGCACAGAGCUUCAACCCUCAUGCCUGAGGGAUUUCUCUCAAGAUUGGUAAACAUGCUAAGUUAAUGGUAGAGGAAAAACAGAUUUUCAUUUAUUUUGCGCACCGUUUUUCCUUUUGUGACACCCAUUGUGUGAAUUUUGAAAAAUCAAACAACACUUUGUGGUUCUUCUGAAUAUGUCCACGGAAUAUGCAUGUUACUGUAUUUAAACCACAAACCACUUAUGGCUAAUAGUAAUUAGCAUCAUGUGAGUAAUCUCUAAAGCCACAUUAAUAUAUUGAUUCACGCCAACUGGAUGCCAAGUCAUAGGUCACUGCCUGAAAUACACUACUCAUGUUCAAAAACAUGCUCAAUAUUUACAUGAAUAUUCAGUAAUUCUGAUCAGAUGUGGAAGAGCAUGUCUUUAAAGAGAGUAAGCUACUGUCCUGCUGGGUUUCAGGUACUUGGCAUAAACCACAACAGUGAGGACAAUUUUAAGACCAAUUAUAUGUUCCCAUCACACAUCAGUGGCCAAUUUCAUUGAGUUGCUUUGAAAUACGUAGUUUGCUGGCAGGAGUUUCUGUGAGCUCAUCUUUCAAACUUGUUUUCAUUUAGGGGAAUGGCUUUUCCCCCUAACGUCAGUGUGAGUUAUCCUUAUUCCCUUAAUUUUGCCUGAGCUCUCUCAGGCAAAACUAUAUGCAACAUUUCUCUUUGCAGAUGUUAACUUCACUUUGAAUCUUACUCGCUACACACUGCUCUUAACCCGGCUUUUUUUUGAAAAUGCCACCAGGGUUAACUACUGUGAGGUUCAGAACUAUCAGCUCUGGGAGUCAGGUGUGAAACACUCAGGUGUGAAUUGUUCUCCCAACCAAAAAACUCUUAUUGGGAUUUAAAAAAUAGAAUUACUGAUGUAUGUACUCUUCUGUUGCUUGGGCGUGUGCUGUCUGUUGCACAUAGAUUUUUGUAUUAUCUGGUGUUACUUGUUUGUAUAUAUUGUAAGAAGAAAUUAAACUUUGUAUGUUAAAAUGUCAGUUUAUGUGCUUCAUUAUAUGAACCGGUAUCCUGACGUGUUUCCUGGAGAAGUUCUGAUUUACAUCAGUGGGACUAAAAGCAGAAUUAGCUGUUUCACAUUAACUGUCAUGAAAAUCAAUUGUUUAAGUUAAUUCAUAGGUCCUGGAACUAUUCACAUCUAUAAUGCUAAAAAAAUUUAUGUAAUCAUAUCAUUCUGAUAUAAUCAUAUUCCUACAGAGGCUGGUCCAAAAGAACUCUUACAAAAUGUGCCCUACUCUAAUUUUAGCUUAAUAGCUGCUCAGACACCUCUUUUAGUAACUACAGUAUGUGUGUGUGUAUAAUAUAUAUGUUUAUAUAUAUGUAAGCAUUUCAAAUACAAACAACUGAUAGACAAUUAUUUGAUUUUUUUGAAAUAGUUUCUCCUACUCUUAUGCAAAAUUGCUAUAUUGGGCCUAUAGGAGGAAGACUGCUUGAGAAACAUGCUGUAGUUUUGCUGUUCAUUCAGUGACUGAGCCUUAACAAGGAUAUUUUUCUGCUACCCAUUUAGUUUUUAGAAUUUUGUGUCUAAACUCCAUAUUAAUAUAUACUGUGCAUAGUGAAUAUUAAGAAAAUAAUUGUUUCAUAUAGAGUUCACAUGACUCCCAUUGAAAUUAGGGGAGAGUUUGCCUGAGGUUACAGUCUGAUAUUAUAUAAAUGCAGAUUUUAACAUAAUAUUUCACAAGAGCUUCAAGCUAGAACAGCAGUGGUUGUAAGGUAAAUUCAUACAGUAGUCUGUGAUUCUUUCACAUUCACUGCUCAAAUGUGGUAGAACUGGUAUACAUAUCUGUUGAAAAUCAUUUGUUAAUGAUAAGUUGUAUGGAAAAUAAAUCCUUUCAGUCUGGGAAAUUCUAUUAUUUCAUUUGCCUUAACGUAUUUUCUUGGAUGUUGCCUAAGCACUGCUUUUCUGAUUCAGGAAUCACCAUCAGCACUGUGAUCUGCCAUCUAGUGGCAAAGUUCUGGCACUAAGAGUACAUGGAAAAUAUUUUCAUUUUUCUUCUUAUAAUGUAACUUAAACGUCUUGCAGAUAUUAGUUAGGAAGCAAACUAAAGCAGAAGUCAAUAAAAAUGUCAAAGGCAAUAAUGAUUUGAUUAGUGUCAUUUCUUGGGUCGUGUAAAUCUUGAAAAAUUAAGACUAUUAAAAAGGGAAGGAAUCUUAAGAAAAAUAAUUUCCUGGAUAAAACACAAUUUUUCAGAGAAAAAUGUCCUUGAUAGCUAAAUUCUUAUAUUAAAAAAGUUGCCUGUAAGAGCCAUGUAUAUAGAAUAGAAGAACAGACCAGGUCAUUAGUACUUCAGCAGAGCGAAUCAGGAUCAGGGACCUCCUAUAUUAUAUAUAUAAUAUAUAUAUAUAAUAUAUAUAAUUUAAUAUAAGUUAAAUCCAGUCUUUCAAAGAAAAGGUCAACACUUAGUUUUGCAUGCUGUGGCUGAAAUUUAUCCCCCUUAAAGUCAGUAGCAAAUUCAAGAAGACUUGCUGAAUAAAUCCAGCAUAGGUUUGUAAGCCAAGUUUAAAUAAAAAAAGUGAGAAAUGGCCCCAUGCGUCUUCCUCGUCUCCAUUUCAUAAUUGCCAUCAGAUUUAUGAUAGAUUUGCUUAGACAGGUUACAAGACAUCCAACUCCAAGUCUUCCUUAUGGAACUGGAACUUUAGUGUCCCUGUGGUUUAAUCCGUUCAACUGUAUUUCUCUUUUCCUUAUGGAUGACCAAAUGAUAGUCUUGAUAUUGAAGUGGAAGCCAGGGGGCUCUGGGCCCUAGACAGGAACUAAUUUAGUCUCCCUCUGUAGCAUUAGCCAGGAUGGUUUUAUCAAACAGCGAUGUGAGGGUAAGUCUGUGAGACGUUUCUAGAAAAAUGCCUAGCACUGCCACUCGUAAUUGUUCUUCUUUAAAGUAACUUGCAAUGAAUGCAUUUGCAGUUUCAUAAACCCAAAUGUUUUGCUCUCUUUUCUUUUAGAGAGUGUCAUCAUUCACCAGUUACGCAUGAACUCUAGAUGAGUUACGGCCCCGCUAGAGCUCCCUGUGUGCACUGCCCUCCACGCCCGUGGGAUGGAUCACUGUAAAGCUCCCUGCCAUCAACACCAGGGUCACUUGUGCUACUGACUAUUCGUGGAAGUAUUAGUGCUUCCAUUAGAUUUUAUAUAUUUUUUUCUCUUUGUAGGGCUUUAAAAAUGAAGGGCCUUGCUGGCAUUUUGAAAGUACCUAGUCAGAGAGAGAGAAGCAGUCUUUCUGCCAGCUGAAUUUCACUUUUAUUUGCAAAGCCUAAGGCAUGUGCUUGAUUUUGUUUGAUGUUUGCCAUAUAAUUUAUUUUUAUAAUACACUUUGUAAAGUAACUGUCCCAAAGUUGCAAUUCCUGUUGCUCAUGGCGCAUUUAUUUGUAGAAUACACUGUUAAAUUUGCAAUUUGAUAUUUUUGUAAUAGAGAGUAUGUAAAGAAAAAUGUAACUACAGCAAUGUUUUGAGUUUAAAUGGAAAAGUAUUCAGCACUGCUGUAUGGAAUUUGUACUAUUGCAGAAUAUUUCUUGCACUGUGUGAUGGUUUGGCAUAAAAUUAGGUAUUAAAGUCCAAUGCCUUGAAAUACAACCAGAUUUGCUCAUUUUAAACAGUGUAAGCCAGUUUUUAAAGCUGUGAUUUUUUUUUUAAUGUAAAGUAUGUUUUUACUUCUGCCUGUACCAAAAAAAGGUUGAUUUUCAUUACACUGUAACUAAUAAAUUUUCACAACUAUGCAAAUAUAA